AUGAAGUCCCAAGCCGGGUUAAUGAAACAACGGGGUGGGUCGAUGUUUAAUGCUAUCUUAUUGGUUAUUUGUAGUUUAUUUGUAGUUUUGAUGAUGGCAGAGGGAGGUGAUAGUACAGUUGAUGAGUUGGUAGUUCAGUUUCAGACGAUGUUAUCUGGGUUAAGUCCUGCUAAUAGAGAUCGAGUUAUUUUGUCAUUGAUUCCAACAGAGUCAGAGGCAUUGACUUUAUCUGUGAGGCAAACCGAGUUAGAGCAAGGCAUAAUUCGGGGAGCUCCAGCAGUUUCAGCACCAGAGUACCCCUUAUAUCCUCUGGGUGAUAUUUUAGACAUACGCCUGGCAGGUGGUCAUAGUUUACUGUACAGUGGUUAUAUUGAAGUUCCUUUCCACAUACCUUUCUCUAGUUUAUACAUUUCAGCAUUAUUUCUGGUUAUUCCAUCUUCGAGAGUUAAUAGAGAGGUGCCUAUUGUGAUUGGAACCAAUAUUUUGGAUAGAAUCCCAAGUGAAGAUAUCCAAGGUCUCGAUAGUUCAUGGAAAUCUGCUAUUUCUUUCCUUAACACACAGAAGGGCGAAAGUUUUAAAGUUUUUCCAGUUAAAACCAAUAAAUCUGUAAGGGUAUAUCCGAAUUCUACUACUUUCAUAUCAUGUUCAGCAAAUGUUUCAAGUCCUGUUCCUGGUUGUCAUUUUUUCGUUUCCAACGAUAUUUCGACACCAAGUUCUUUACAUGUCUUACCAGACUCUCAAGACUUCACACAAACCAUAGAUGAGACUCCAGCAUCUUCAGAGUUUUGUUCACUUGAACGGUUAAAGAGUUUCUACAAACAGAAUUAUGAAGUUAUCAAAUGA